UUAUAUAUAUAAAAUUAUCAAAAUGCAACAGUCUUCCACACCAGUUACAGGCUACCCAGUACACAACGCUAAUGGCUGCGCUCCGCCACCACAUACGACUACCUCCGCUACUACCUACCCGUACGUUAAUUCCAACCCAUACCCUUACUACCCAGAGCCGCCGCCGCCUCAAUACCGACGCCAAACCUUCUUCCGCCGCUUUUUCAUCGCCCUGGCCUUCCUCUUAUUCAUCUUCGGCAUCAUACUCCUCAUAUUCUGGCUCGUCCUCCGCCCCCACCUCCCUGACUUCUCGGUCCAAUCCCUCUCCCUCUCCAACUUCAACGCCUCGAACCAGCGCGUGAGCGCAACGUGGAGCGCACAGUUCCGUGCCUCAAAUCCCAAUAAAAAACUGUCCAUCACCUACGGCGACGUCAUCUCGUCGAUUUUCCACGGCGACUACUACUUGGCCGAGACGAGGAUCGGUCCGUUCUCGCAGGGCACGAGAGACGUGAGGACGUUAGACGCGAGUUAUUCCGUUGUGGAUUCUUUCGUGGACGGGAGGGUGGUGGACGCAAUGAAUGGGGAGAGGAGUCGCGACCGGGUCAGUUUCAACGUCAAGGUGGUGGCAGACGUGGCGUUUCAGUACGGAGGGUGGAGAGGAAGGCGAAGGUUGCUUAGGUUUUGGUGUGAUGACGUAACGUUGACUGGUUCGUCGGGGAAGAUGACCGGUGGACCUAAAAGAUGCACCGUUGGUUGAUUUACCGU